AUGGGAGAUGAGUCGUUCGAAGAUUACACGAUACUAAAACGUCCCAGUUUUGUCGCAGACAAUGAAGAGAACAAAAGUCCAGCAAAGGUGACAUCCGAAGAGCUCUUGGAAUUCGACAGAGAGCUUGAAGCGUAUAAAGAUCUGAAAAGUCACCAAAAUUGGGACUGGACAUUUGACGAAGAUAGUGGGUAUUAUUACAACUAUGCGACAAAUGCAUAUGCUAUCUGGAAUAGCGUCUUAAACGAGUGGGACUAUUACGAGCGUAAUGUUCGUUCUGAAGCAGUUGAUCAGACGACUAUUCCAACUGGAAGCAAGGAAACCAUUACUGAAACGUCUGAUGCGACUACAAAGAACACGAAGGUUAGUGUAUCUGAAGAAGAGCACCUGUCUGAAAGUGAGGACCAAGAAAAAGAUCAAAUUCUGAAAACGACUCGAAUCGUUCACAACUCGCAAGGGUUGUACGCUCCGCCCUCCGGAUACAAGCCUAGUUCUGACGAGCGAUAUUUCUACAAUGCCGAAAAUAAUACUUGGUUUGAUGUAAGCAUUGGGGUAUUCUCCGUUUAUGAUGAAACGAGUCAUACUUAUCUUCCGAUUGAGUCCGGCGCGUUGCUGAAUGCAACGUCGGCAGGAAGUUCCGAUGAUUAUGUAGAUCUAGAUAGUCAGGGUGAUCCAGGUAGUGAUGCGACCAUGCGACUUGUUGUAUUGAAAUCAGAUGUGCUUAAACCUGGCGGAAUGGUUCUUGUCGAUGGAAAUGGUAUUUCAUUAGGACGUGACCGUUGGGAUGACAGAAGACUUCGCUUGCCUGAAAUGCAUACAUCAAAGCAUCAUUGUCAAAUAUUUUGGUCAAUGCUUGAGUCAAUAGAUGCGAACUCUGAUGACAAUGAGAGCAAACUAUCUUCUAUAACUUCAAAGGAGGCUUUCUAUAUUGUUGACAGUGGAUCGCAGAAUGGAACCUUUGUAAAUGACAAACGACUAUCGAACAGUAAGAUGUGUUCUAAACCACAUAUAUUAAAACAUUUGGAUGAAAUAACAGUUGGAACAACGAAAUUUCAAGUACAUCUUCAUGAGAAAUGGACUUGUGAAGCUUGCGCUGCGACUGAAGGCAAAUUGAUUGAGAUAACUUCGAACUCCGCUGCAGAUAGCAAAAGAGACGUUGCAACGUACAGCAUGGCAAUUAAUGGAAAUUCUGUAUGUAGUAGCGCUAUUUCAUUAACUCAAAAGGACAUUACAGAAAUAGAACGACUAGAGGAAUUAAACAGACUAAAGCGUAAAUACGCAGCUGGCCCAUCAGUCAAUGCAAAAAAGAAACCGAGAUACGUAGAUCGUGCUGCCAUGAGACGGAAGAACAAUCCUGAUAAUAGUCCAUUUAAGAAAGUGUCAGUAAUGGAGGACACGUCCGUUGAGCAAUCCAUAUCAAUCCAGUCCAAGAUAAAUAUGAACAACAAGGGGAAUUGGAUGUUACAAAAGAUGGGAUGGAGAGAAGGUCGAGGAUUAGGUCGAUCGGGUGAGGGAAUAUUAGAUCCUAUAGAAGCUAUAUCCAAUGAAGGACGUAGAGGGCUUGGUGCUGGCGGAACAAUAAAAUUAUCUAGUGAUGAAAAGGGAAAGGAAUCCUUGCAAGAUGCAACACGUCGUAUUGCUAGAGAAAGAUUUAUCGAUAUGUUCGAAGAAAAACAGAAAGGACGAUAA